GCUAACGCUGCAUUCUUUAAUCAGACUAUAAUGUCAGCAUCCGAAUGAUCCCACAUUCAAGUUUUGCGAUUUCUUUACAUUUAUGAAAAACUGAACUUGAUCUCUUUACAUUUAUCUCUUUACAUUCAUGAUUUCUUUGCGUAUAUCAAAAAGUGAAAGUGAUCACCAUCAAGUCAAGUUUUGAAGCGUAUUGAUUCAAUUUCACAAUUGAGAUGAACCUUCUUGCACCUCCAAAUCACAGCAAUUUUCCUUCGAUUCGAAGGAGUAGCAUUUUGGACGCCCAAUCGAAACAAAUGGACAAAAUCUUAGUAAGUACCGGACCUACACUAUUGGUGAACAGAGAUCAGAAUAUUCCGACCAUAGACUGCACAUUUCCGUCAACAUCUGCGAUUCAAGAAACAUCCGAUUCCGCAGACCAUUCUCGAAAUGAAGAAGCUACAACGAACAAAACGAACAAACAAACAUAUAAUGACCAUGACAACUUAUCUGGAAAUCAGCUGGAGGAAUUACCCGAAUACAAAAACCUCAAGGAGUAUGCGAUCGGCAUGAACAGACUGUUGGAGCAUAGGAGGAGGAGUAUAUUUUCAUCUGGUGAUGAUUGGGGUCCCUCCAUCACCACCAUGAUCAACACCAAGAUCAGAAGCAAGAGGUUCAAACAACUCAUAGUGGGAGAGCCAGCCUCGCACACACCUAAUGCCUCCAGGGAGUUCCGCAAGGCCCUCGACCGACACAACGCAUUCGAUAGUCCGCGAAAGCUGAAGAAGAGUACUAGCAGAGACACAAUUGAUUCAUCACGAUCGAGGAAUAUUUCAAGAUACCGAAUGGGAAGCUUCAGUCCUCGAAGAACUCUUUUAAAAGUUCCGAUGUCACCCGAGAAACAAAAUCUUUCGAGUAAACCAAAGCAGAAAAGCGGAGGAUUCGCCAUUCAAGAAGUAGAACGUGCAAAUUCGGAUGCUUUUAAGACUGUCCCCGAAGAUCCCAAUCGGAUGCAAGAUCCAAACUCUCCCAUGAAACACCGACUCAAACUUGCCGGUCAAUUGUCCAAAAUUAGAGUAAGCGACCAUGCGGUGAAAGAAGACACUGAAACUUCCCAAGGAAAGACGAGGCAGGAAUCGCCACAUGGACAAAGAGGUGAGAACUGCAGCAACGGUGAAUCUCCGAGAAGAGAAUAUCCGGACAUCAACAUGCGAGGUGUGAACAAGAAUGUUCGCUUCAGGGGAGCAGGCCUGGGCAGCAGCAGAGCGGGAUCGGAGACGGCAAGAAGAUCUGCUAGAAGGGAAUGGCAGGAAGGAAUGCAGAUGAGCUCUGCGAACUCUUCCUCGUCCUCCUAUCGCACCAAAUUCAGCUCAGAGUGGGAGAGUGUAUUGCCCAGUAGGGGUCUGGAGGCACACAGGGCCCACGAGUUGGUGAACAAACUAAGUGCCAUUCAAGCUGCUCAGAAAGUCCACAUCAACAUCAUGGGUAAGCUGUUUCAAGAAGAAGAGGUUCGCAAACUACGUCUGGCCGUCACUAGGAACGACCUUCUCCAGUACCCUCCAGCUGUGCUGAAUGUACUAGAGAGAGCAGAGGAGCGGAUGAGGAGGAGGAACAUCGCGAUUGACUUGAGUCUCGCUAAGAUAGAAGAGAUGCGGGAGAAGAGAGAGAAGGCGUUUAACAACCCCUCCCUCAUGGAAUGUUGGGCUCCCUCUAGAGUCCUCUACAGCAAGUCACUACUUCCACCCACUUAG